UUCCACUUGCAAGCUUGAGCUGUUCUGAACAUCGCUGAAACGGUUCAGCAAGUCACAAUGGAUGAAAAUGAGAAGGAAUCACCCAUGAGCAUCUAUGCUCUUGGCCAACUUCGGGCUCAGAUAAAUGUGUGGAUAUCAUUCAGGUACUUGCUCAUCCUUAACGCCACGACGAUGAAGCUCACAUUGUACAUAAUAACUGUCGACCUUUCAGGAAUGGAAAGGUUCCGCCACGCUCGGACCUCGCGUUGGCGUUACGGCGGCUCCCGAGGCUUUCACGGAACGAAGCGAAAGGUAGUAACUGACGAUAUUAACAGGCACUGAACGACCUGCUUCCAACAAGGUCCCUGAAGCUGGAUGCACGACCACGAAUUACCAGCACUUAGGAUGCUAACAAUUUUCUUGGGGUUUCAGAGCUGGAGAUAAAGUGCAAAGGAAAGAUGUCGUCCAAAAUAUCAGCGGCACUGGAACCGCCGUCAAAGAAGUCGACGAAAAAAACUCCAUCCCAAGCACAAAACAAGAAGAGUUCUCCGCCAAAUGGAUCGCACAAUACAAAAUCGAAGUCCAAGGCCAAGGUCAAGCAAGAGCCUGGCGACUUUCCCAGGGAUAAAGAGAACGAGGAAAACAAAAGCACAAUCCGUGCCAGCUUUCCCAGCUGCUCGGCUACGCCCCGGGAUAUCUUACUCCCAGAAGGUCAUUUGCGUCUCAUAAGCUCCAUUCCCGAGUCGCAUAAGGACCGCUUUCUGGAAUUUCAGCAGAGAAUCAUCCGAAAUGACAGUGGUCUUGUGCAGGGACAUUGUGCUCGACUUCAAGCUCGCUGCUGGCCUGCUGUUGCGCACGCCUAGGCUCAAGUUCAAUAAUCGAAGCCUCAUCAGUCUCUGGAAGCGCUGGGCCGCGAAAGGUGGGAAGCCUGGCCUCGAGGGUGAAAACAGGGAGCCUGACAAUGAGGCUGACAAAAGAAGGGUUUCGCAGAGGAAUAAAGUGUUGGGAAAACGUCAAGCUGCAAGCGCAAGGUCCAACUCCGUAUCUAAAGAUGCAGUCAACGGGAAUGUGACUCUUGAAGGCGUUCAGGAAUUACCAGCAGCAGCAACAGGUGUCGCUGCUCUGAAAUCGAGCUGGAUGGAAAGGAAGACUAAAAUUGCUUGCAACCGAAGGAAGCGAAACAUUGAGGCCUUUCUUGGCGAUAUCAUCAGACAGAGGGAAAGCAUGGUCAAGGUGGCUGAGGCAAAAGAAGAGACACGGCGGCUGACGUGCCAGAGGGUUAUGGAAUUUCAUGAGCAACGGAAGAGAGAAUAUGAAGAGCAGCAGCUCAUGUUGCAAAGGCAGAAAGUGGAGCUGCUAAGGAACAACGAUAUGGAAGGCUACCUCAAGCUGGUUAAGAAUAUGAAGUCCGAGAGGGUGCAAAACCUGCUCAAGGAGACAGAGGCUCAUCUUCAGCGGAUUGCUGGACGCAUAGCUUCUGUGCGGCAGCAGAAGGGCCAUGUGCAAGGCCAGGAGGACGAAGAGGCUGAACCGGAUGCGGGUGAACUCUCAACUGCGUCAAACCACCUCGAUGCUGAAAAGGCUUACACAAACUUCCUGCACAAAAAAUCAGAAAUUGUCCAGCAGCCGGCGAUCCUCUCAGGAGGACAGCUUCGCGAGUACCAAAGGGAUGGACUGCAGUGGCUUGCGUCACUUCAUGCCAAUGGGCUUAAUGGUAUUCUUGCGGAUGAGAUGGGGCUUGGAAAGACAGUCCAGGUAAUUGCACUCCUUUGCUACCUAGUGGAGGUCAAGAAGAUCCCGGGGCCUUUUCUCAUUGUGGCGCCAGCUUCUGUUCUUCCCAACUGGGUGGCCGAGUUUGGCCGGUGGGCUCCUUCUCUCCGUGUCUCCAGAUACUCUGGCAUGCCUGACAAGCGGGCUGCUAUAUUCAGUCGUGAGAUCAACCCAUGGAUGCGCUGCCCUCCUAGCACUGGUAGUGAUGGUGGGGAGGCCCAGAGGAAGUGGCUGGAGGAGCGAGGUGUGCCAAACGUGGUGGUGACCACAUAUGAGAUGCUGAUGGGCAAGCUUGACCGGCCGCGCCUGAUCCGCCUCUCGUGGGAGUACGUGAUUCUCGACGAGGGACACCGAAUCAAGAGCGCGGAAUGCAAGCUUAAUGCUCACCUGAAGUCGUACAAGUCGCGCCACCGGAUUCUUCUCAGUGGCACUCCUAUCCAGAACAAUCUGGAGGAGCUCUGGUCGCUGCUCAACUUCCUCCUGCCCUCCGUCUUCAACUGCGCAUCAGAUUUCGCCUCCUGGUUCUCCCAGCCUCUCGCGCAUGUUCUGCCCAAGAAGGCAGGCACAGGCGCUCCAGGCAGCAGUGUGAGCGCGGAGCAGGAGGAUGUGCUGGGCGAGGAGGAGAGGCUGCUGCUGAUCAACCGCCUGCAUCAGGUCCUGCGGCCCUUUGUCUUGCGGCGGCUCAAGCACAAAGUGGCUUCAGAGCUGCCUAAGCGCCUGGAGCGCCGUAUACCAUGUGCGGCAUCGGCGUACCAGCAGUGGCUGAUUCAGCAGGUCCUUCAGCAUCAAGUUCCCACUGCAGGCAGCGCCAGUACUCAGGCUAACAGUGUUUAUAAUUCUAUCCUCCCUGUGACGAAGAAACGAAGUGCCCCUUCAAUCAUGAACGCGGUGAUGGAGCAGCGAGGCAUCUGCAAUCACCCGUUCCUCUCAAGCCUGCAUGACAAAGAGAUGGAGGAGAACCUCCCAAGCGGCCCCCUCCCGCCGCUGAUCAGCACGUGUGGCAAGCUGGAGACUCUACACCGGAUCCUGCACAAGCUGCAUGCCGCGAAGCACAAGGUGCUGCUGUUCUGCACCAUGACGCGGCUGCUGGACAUAGUGGAGGAGUACAUAGAGGGGCAGCAGAAGGCGCACGUGGAACUGCAGGAGAAGAAUGAGUGGGCGACGAAGCUCCUGCUGGAGCAGGAGAAGCAGCAGCAGCAGCAGCAGCAGCGGCAGCAGAAGGAGAAGCAGCAGAAGCUGGCGAAGACAAAUAAGCAGAAAGGCAAAGCGGAGGAAGCAAAGGUCUCUAGCAGGCAGCAACGGCUGACGAGGCGCCAGCAGCAAACAGAAGAGGAGCAGCUAAUUGACCAGACAACUGAAACGCCUGUUCCUCCCAGCUCGACCUCACCUUCAACCAGGAGCCCCUGGAGCUAUUUCCGGCUGGAUGGAAGCACCGGCGGGAGUGAGAGGGAGGAGCUGGUUCGGGAGUUCAACGAUCCAGAGUCUGAUGUCUUCAUCUUCCUCCUCAGUGUGCGUGCGGGAGGGGUGGGAAUCAACCUGCAAGCAGCAGACACAGUCAUUAUGUAUGACACCGACUGGAAUCCUCAGAUCGAUUUACAGGCACAAGCAAGGGCGCACCGCAUUGGCCAGAAAAAUGACGUCCUUGUCAUAAGGCUAGAAACCUUGGGAACUGUUGAGCAACGUGUGCGUACGGCCGCAGAGAGGAAGCUGGGGCUGGCGAAUCAAAGCAUCACAGCCGGAUUCUUUGACAAUCAGACCAGUGCUGCUGAACGGCAGAUAUACCUUGAGACACUGCUCCGCACAGAAGACCAGGGCGUGGAUGAGCUUGAGGCUGCUCUACCUGCCCCAGAUGAUGACUACUGCUCCCUGGCGAUCUCUGACACGCACUUGAACAACCUGCUGGCACGGAGUGAGGAGGAGAAGGCUAUUUUUGCUGCAGCGGACAGGGAAAGGGAACUGCAAGAGGAGGAAACAUGGCAAUGCAAUACUUCUGCCCAAGACUCCUCACAAGAUUCUUGCACUCCAAAUACUGCUAGCCUCACGAGGCGGUUACUUGGCCCUGCUGCACUGCAGAAGCUAGUUCAGCGCAUGUGCCAGUCGAGCAGCGAAGGGAAGGAGAAUCAACCAGCUGAUGUUGACGAGGAGCUGGGACGAGGAAAGCGGCGCCGGACUGCGAGAUUUGGUGCAUGUUACGACGAGAACAUUCUCUUGCGCGGAGAGGAGUGAUACGUUGAAUGCUUAGAUUGGUGGCACAUUAACACAUUCGCAGAAGGCGUCAGCUCAAACAUAAAAUUAUAUAUACUUUUUGGUUGCAUAACACGUGCAAAGAUAGGUACCAGCUUUGAUGUAUUGAACAUCUCUUUGCCAUUGUGGAAUAGCUAU